CAGCUGUGGUCCCUGUCUCUGCAUCUGACUCUGCUCAUUUUUUCCUUCCUUUUCCCAUUGUCAAUAUUUGUCCUGUCCUGCCACCUUCCUGCUCCUCUUCCCUUUUCUGGCUGGAGACAAAUCAACAUGUCCAUGUGUACUAGAAGGAUGGACAUAAAUGGAGUAUGAUCUUGGUAAUGGGGAUAUUGCGGCCUGCAGUCAGUUCUGUAGACAAAGAGAUGUCACUAGUAGAUUUGGGAAAGAAACUUUUAGAAGCUGCACGAGCAGGUCAAGAUGACGAAGUUCGCAUUUUGAUGGCAAAUGGAGCACCUUUUACCACAGAUUGGUUGGGAACAUCUCCACUUCAUCUAGCAGCACAGUAUGGACACUACUCAACAACAGAAGUGUUGCUGCGAGCAGGUGUAAGUCGGGAUGCCAGAACCAAAGUGGACAGAACUCCAUUACAUAUGGCAGCAUCAGAAGGCCAUGCCAGCAUAGUAGAAGUCUUACUUAAGCACGGUGCUGAUGUCAAUGCGAAGGAUAUGCUCAAAAUGACUGCACUUCACUGGGCUACUGAACAUAACCACCAAGAAGUUGUAGAACUCUUAAUAAAGUAUGGAGCAGAUGUUCAUGCUCAGAGUAAAUUUUGCAAAACGGCAUUAGAUAUUGCAGUAGACAAUGGAAAUGAAGACCUUGCAGAAAUAUUACAGAUUGCAAUGCAGAACCAAAUCAAUACAAAUCCAGAGAGUCCGGACACUGUGACGAUACAUGCAGCAACACCGCAGUUCAUCAUCGGACCUGGAGGGGUGGUGAACCUAACAGGUCUGGUAUCUUCUGCAAAUACAUCAAAUGGAACAGAUGAAACAGGAGUGUCUGCUGUACAGUUUGGAAAUUCAUCGACAUCAGUAUUAGCCACAUUGGCAGCUUUAGCAGAGGCAUCGGCUCCACUGUCUAAUUCUUCAGAAACACCAGUUGUGGCCACAGAAGAAGUUGUGACUGCAGAAUCUGUGGAUGGUGCUAUUCAGCAAGUUGUCAGUUCUGGAGGUCAGCAAGUUAUUACUAUAGUUACAGACGGCAUUCAGCUUGGUAAUCUACAUUCAAUUCCAACCAGUGGAAUAGGGCAACCAAUCAUUGUGACCAUGCCAGAUGGACAGCAAGUAUUAACAGUCCCAGCAACAGACAUUGCUGAAGAAACUGUGAUAAGCGAAGAACCACCAGUGAAGCGACAGUGCAUUGAGAUUGUUGAAAAUCGUGUGGAGUCUGCAGAAAUAGAAGAAAGAGAAACUCUUCAGAAACAGCUGGAUGAGGCAAACAGAGAAGCACAAAAAUAUCGUCAGCAGCUUCUAAAGAAAGAACAAGAAGCAGAGGCCUAUCGGCAGAAGUUAGAGGCAAUGAACCGCCUCCAGACUAAUAAAGAAGCUGUUUAAUAAAAAAUGAACAUACUGCAAAGCCUGUUACUUCCAAAAAUCUGCAGUACAAUCUUGAACUGUACACUAUAUAGGUACAGACACAGGAUUACAUGAUAGAGAAGAUGCUACAAGUUGAUAACUGGACUUAAGCCGUGAGCUCUGAUGCAUUUCUUGUAACAUAAAAACUCUGAAUUUAGAAAUUGUGAAAAGUAUUUAAAAUGAAAUACUGUAAAUAGCUGUUUUUUUUACAGUUUCAAAAUGAGUUGAUAAAUCUUUUUGAAGGGAUCCAGAAACAGGAGAAGCCAAUGUUUUUGUGAAAUUUUUGAUUUUAGUAUGAAUCUAACUUCUGAAAAACAGAACAGUUUUAAGGGUGAUGCUGAUUUAAGCUGACAACUUGAAAAUGAAUUAUGUGAAAAAAAUGAAUUAACAGUUAUUUCUACGUGGUAACAACUUAAACUUCUCUGAAUAAGACAUUUCCAGGUGGAAAUCUUUGUACAGCUUUAAAUAGUUGUCUCAGAUUCUCUGAAAACCAUUUUUGGUUUGUUUUUUUUUUUAAUUUUAGGUGGUGAAAUUUUUAUAUUUAAUUUCAGAUAUAUCCAAGUAGAUUUACAUGUAUAUGAAGCUAAUAUUUUUUAAACUUUUCAGUUUGUACAUAUGCUGCAUGUUUUUAUAAUUUCUACACAUACAUCUUGCAUAGGUAUUUUUCAGCAAAGAUGAGAAAAGUUAUGACAAAGAUGUUUAGCCUAUAGGUCAUUUGAAGUAAGCUAGCAGCCAGUUUUAUUGUGGAUGGUAUAUUUCUUGGGAGAAUGUAAUUUGUAAUUAAAAAGAAAAAAAUAAUCUUAAUUUACAUAUUAGAGGCAAUUUAAAAUUUGGUAGUGGAGGCAUUGAAAUUUCACUUUGUGUGUCUUACAAUUUUCCUGUACAAACAUUUUAAAUUUCAGUAAUGAAUAGAAAAGAAUGUCUCCACUGGAACACAAAUAGUAGUUCUUUUAGAAUAUUCCUAUUGAUCUCUUUUCCCCAAUAUCCUUGAAAUUAUUUCAGUGAUACAUUUUUUUCUAAACGAACUUUUGCAUUUUAAUUAUGCAAUUGGACAAGGAAUUUUUUUAUGUUGUAGUGAUGCUCUUCUUACUUAGCAUCAUUGUUCUUCACUGUGAUACUGUGUGUGUGUCUGUGCAGUGAUCUGUUAUGCUUAAGAUUUAUAUAGCACGUUACAUCUGCAGAGCAUUGUAAAAUCUUUUAAAGAACCCUUACUGUACUGCCUGAGGCAGGUAAGUGAGUGUUACUGUCUCAAUUUUAUAACUGCUAUAAGUGCAACACAGGGAGUGUUAAAUGACUGGCCCAAGACCACGUGAAUCUGUGGUAGACCUGGGAAUAGAUCUCAGGAGUUCCUGGCUUCUAGUCCUGUGCUUAGACUGAGCUGCCUUAAGAUUGUUCAGUGCUGUGUUACAUUAAAUUUUGAACUACUGUGCAGAUUCCUUUUUUUGUAAGAUAAAACUCUGUGCUUUGCUUUGUUGUUCCAUGUUUCACUGCUUUUAUGGAAUUGUUUAUAUAAACUUAAGCAAAACUACUAGUUUACCUAUACUGUACACAAACGAAUUACCCUUAAAACUGUACUCUGGCCUACUUUUUCUAUUUUACAAUUAAAUAUCUUUUCCACAUA